AUGUUGGGGUUCUUCUGGCUGGUACUGGGGUGCAGCCGGCUCGGCUGGGCGCAGAGCGGGCCCGAACCCGGGCCCGGGGUCCUCUACUCUGUCAGCCGAUGGGAAAUUCAAAACGUGUGCAGGGAUCUGGUCAGGAGGGAUGGGCAGCUGGAGAAUCAGUUCAAGACGAUGCAGCUUCCUGACAUCACCCGCGGCAGCGGGAUCCUCCUGCCUCUGCUGUCAAUCACCAAUUUGAAAAUCCUCUCGAUCCGGUUCCUCGAAAUCGCAGUGAAGUUACAGCCGCCGCUGGGAGUCCGGCUGGUGGUCCACUUGAGGCUCAACAUCAACGGCAACUGCCUGCUGAACCUCGUGUCCGGGCUGGUCGAUAUCUCCGUGGAUCUGAGGGUGGACGUCCGAGUCCGGCUGGGAGACGUCUCGGCCGGGAGCAUCCUCUUCGUCUCCGACGGAUGCGAUCCCCUCAUCGCGGCCGUCGGUGUCAACCUCCUCUCUGGAAUACUUCCUAUCCAAGCCCGAAUCUUAAUUUCAAAUAACAUCCGGGAAACGCUUCCAAUUUUGGCCUGCCCCGUGCUGAAUGACGCUUUGAUUCGGACUAAUUCCCAGAUGUUUGGCCCGGCGAACUCGCUGGCCUCUCUGGGCACCGCGGGCACCAUCCAGUACAUCCUCGCUCAGCAGCCCCAGAUGACCGGGCAAACCCUGAGCCUCCGCCUGAAUGUGUCUGUCCGCAGACUGGGAGGAGCCUUGGUCAGUUUUCCGGUCACUUCGAUUCCACCCACCCUGCCAGGCCUGCAGGGCAAAGCGUUCUCCAUGGGCAUCUGCCAGGACUUCCUUUCGGCCGCCCUCUCCGUCCUCAUCAACUUCCCUCCUCAGACGUUCGCGUGCGCCCAGCAGAAAUUUCCCGCCUGCGGCCAGUUGAAGAACACGAUUUCUGCCCUGGCCCCAUCGGCGUGCUCCUCUUGCCCAGCGGCUUCUCCGCUGACCCUGAGGAUCUCCCUGUCCGGCUCCGUCUCAGUCCUGCUGGAGGAGGGCGAGGCUUCGGUCAAGUUGUGCGUGGUCAUCCAGAUGUUCACCCGCAAGACGGACGGCAGCCUCUUCACCCUUCUGGUUCUCAAGGCGAACCUGAAUCUAAGGGCCCGUUUUACUAUUUCUGGGAGUAAACUGAUGAUUGCCGUUACCCUGGAAAGCUCCUCCCUGCUCUUGGUAUCGUCUUCCAUCGGCAACAUCCCGGUGUUGGAUCUCGUGCCGCCGAUCAAUAAGCUGCUAGCGGAUGUCCUGGUUCCCAAGAUCGACGGUUGCCUGGACGCAGGAAUCCCUCUCCCCGGCAUCCUGGGCAUCAAGUUGGUGGGUUUGGACCUCCGAAUCCUCCAGGGGAUGGUGUUGGUGACUGUGUGAAGGAGGAUACGCAGCUGGAAGAAGAAGGGAUGAUGGUCAGCGCUUCUUGGCUCUGGAGAGGAGGAAGAAAAGACUCUCCUCAUCCCCCCUGCCUCAGUUUCUCCUCCGUCCUUCAGGAAGCCAGUAAGAUGAAUCCCAGAAGGGAAAGCGCCCCCUUUUUCCUGACCCCCACCCCCAAUUCCUUUCUAGAUGGAAGCAGCACAUGAUGGGAAGGGGGUGGG